GCCGCCGAAUCUCGACACCCUCGCCUUUUUCCCCGUAGAGUUUGUCGGUCGUGUGAACAGGCAGAUCAUAAAAGUGGAUAUAUGGAGUGAUGGGAGUAUAAAUCCCACGUCUUCGGCUUUCGUCUCUGCAUCUUCCGUCCGUUCAUCCUAGACCACCAUGUCGUUCGAAAAGGUACCUCGCGAUGCAGCUACGCGUGUUAUCAUUGUCGGUGCAGGGAUAGGCGGUAUUUCUACUGCUAUCGCUCUCAGACGUCAGCUCAAGCACGAUAACUUUACUAUAUAUGAGCUUGGCAAUGAGGUCGGUGGAACAUGGCGAGCCAACACUUAUCCAGGCUGCGCCUCGGAUGUCCAUACUCACUGGUACAGUUUGUCAACUGACCUCAACCCCAACUGGCCACAAUCACAUGUGUUCCAACCUGACCUCAAGCAAUACUGGCAAGACUUGGCCCACAAGUACCGUCUCUACGACCAUAUAGUCUUCAACAGCAAAGUCGUGUCGGCGGAAUGGGUACCCAAGACGCAAGUGUAUCGUGUUGAAGUGGAGUCUGUUGAUGGCAAAAGGCUGGUCGAGUAUGGAAGAAUCCUCGUUGCGGGAACGGGGAUCCUGAAUACGCCGAAUUACCCGACCGAAUUAAGUGGCGUUAAGAAGUUCAAGGGUGAUUGGUUCCAUUCCGCCAAUUGGAACCACAGUGUCGAUUUGCGUAGCAAGCGUGUUGCCGUUAUUGGGAACGGCUGCUCUGCUGCUCAAUUCUUGCCUAUCAUCGCCGAGGAGCCUACCACUCAAAUUGUGCAGUUCUGGCGGACCCCAAUGUGGUUCCUGCCCAAGUGGCGGGACACGUACUCCCCCCUUAUGCAAUGGGUUUUCACGAACAUACCUUUGACCUUGCGAUGGUAUCGGAACUUCCUCAUGUUUCGGCAAGAAAUGUUAUACAUGACCGUCAUUAGAGGUGGUCCGAACACCUGGUUGAGGAACCGAUUUAUGAAGGGUUUGACGAAGUACUUGAAGGAGAACGCUCCCGAGAAGUAUCAUGAUGUCCUAACACCCAAUUAUCCAUUCGGGUGCAAGCGACUUAUUCUUGAUACUGGCUACUAUGAGUCUCUGCAUAGACCGAAUGUCGAGUUAAACAAUGAUGGAAUCGUUGAAGUCAACGAGACCGGGAUCCUUACUAAGAAAGGUGAAACCAUCCCCCUUGAUGUGAUCAUUCUCGGCACUGGAUUCCUAGCGAAUGACUUGCCCUUCCAUGUGCGUGGCAGUGACGGUCGUAGCGUCCAUGAAUAUUACAAACAGCAAGGCGGACCUACGGCGUAUUAUGGGACUAUGACACCAGGAUUCCCGAACUUCUUUAUUCUCUCCGGCCCCAACACGGCAACAGGCCAUGGUUCUGUGAUCUUUACAGAAGAAGUGCAAAUUAACUAUAUGAUCAAAGUCAUCAAACCUAUCCUCAGCGAUCUUGCCACUGCCUUCGAACCCACUGACGCCGCUUCCGAUUCUUACAAUGCUUGGGUUCAGAGUAAACUCGGCAAGAGUGUAUGGAAUGCAUGUACUAGUUGGUACAGAGCGGAGGAGGGGAAGGGGAAGAUCACCGGUAUCUUUCCCGGAACAUUUGUAAAGUUUUGGUGGACGUUGAGAGAGCCGGUUUGGGGAGACUUCAAGGUGAGUGAUGGUACACGGUGGAAAAGGAGACGUGCGAUCGGGAAGGUUGUGAAGACUGUACUGGGCGCGGGAGCUUUGGGUGCUGGGGUGUAUGCAAUUAGGAACCCUGAGGUCGUGGAUCAUAUUUUGGGGAAUCUAAGCAAGCAGGUGCUUCGCAGCUGCUAAGCCAAGUUUCCUCGUAUGUCCAUUGAUCAUCCGCUUUUCUCUUCGACUGCGUCAGUUCGGGAUAACGACAAGGCUUGUACGCUUACUCCCCUUUUGGCCCCCGACUUUCGACCAAUUCACCCGACUAGGCAAAGUCAUGACAGUCAUGAUUUGUUUCGUGUAAUCAAACUACAAUUCGACUGGAAAGCGUACCGCUAUAUACGGCAAAACAGCAUGGUCAUGAGAAGCACCGUCUCAGCCGUCCUGAUUCUGAGUGAGUGCCUCAAGAUCUAGCCUCCACGGUUUGCGCUUGCUAGUGCGGAAGGGCGGGAAGUAUGAAAGUGGCGCAAAUAAACGAGAAGUAUGGUGCGAAUAUCCAUCUACUGCUGAAUUUAAGGGCGAGCUCAUCGUUCGCGACGACGAUGACCGAUGUACAGACUACCCAAUUUGAACAACAACGAGAAACAGAGAUCGAGAUCGAGAAGCAUGGUAUGCUGACUAUCAAUUUGGCCCCCCAUGCCCUGUGAUUGAACCAAAGGCCGCACGAAGGAACUUAUUAUACGGCGCAUGAAUACACCUAAUGCAUUCGAUAGGGAUAUUCCUUGAAGAACUGAAUCACCGGCUCCAAGUCCGUCUCCGGAACAGCAUCCUCAUACAAAUCAGUCGGCAUACUUUUCGCCCUCAGAGCUAUCAAGUUUCCCGCCCAAGGAUGCGGGGCUUGUCCCUUGGUGACUCCCCAAAUGCACUGGUUGGGAGGUGAUCCAUUGAUAAAAGAGUUGUCGUCGUACCUUAUCCCGAUAAUGUGUCCUAAUGAUGGAUCGUUUCUCCCC